CGCUCAACGUUAUCGAGCUUCAAUAGAUGGUGAGUGCCGUGCCGUUCCAGUAGUCGUCGUGCGUCGCGAGUGUUUGCUGUCCGUUUUUUUGGUUAGUCUCGUUCACCUGAUUGUUUUGCACCAUCCUUUUCCCUCAGUCCGCACUGCGAGGACACGCUGGAAACGCCAAAACCGAGGCUUUGCACACAAACACGGCAAGUCACGGGACCAUACCGUUUCGGUGGAGCUAAGAAACCAGGUGCUUACUACUACUGUCUGAUAGUGAUUCGGUUGUUCUUUUCUCUUAAAUCGUUGUUCGCUUCCUGGGGUUCGAAUUUUCGACACAUCAAAGCUGGUGCUACUGAGCGCGUGUGUGUGUGUGUAUGUGUGAUAAGUUGAAGGAAGGUAGUGAAUCCGUCAUUCGACAGUGUCGGACUGGCCAGUGCUGCCAGUGCCAGUGAUAUCGCUGUUUCGAUUGCUGCUGAAAGCAAGUGACUCACACCGUACACCGGGCUGCUCCAUCGACGAACGGGCGAGUUCGUCGCUUCGAGUGAAAGAAAUCCUCCAGAGCACGUGUCUUGUAGUAAUCUAGAUGUUGGACUAAAGCGGAGCCUCCCCCGUUAGCGCUCGAGAUCGAGAUUACAACCAUAUUGCAAUUAGCGCUCGACGAGCGCAAGUGCGCGAACCCGCCACAAACAGCUGCCCCCGCACUCUACCACCACUACCCACGGCAACGGAACGACGCCACGAUGCUACGCAAUCACGCACACUGGAUACGGGCGCUGGCGAUCGUGCUGGUGGGUGCAUGUGCAGCCGGCACUGCAUCGCCCGUCUCGACCACACCACAGGCUGAGCUCUACCUCUCACAGUUUGGCUAUCUAAGCCCGAAGUAUCGGAACCCGACGAGCGGGAACCUGCUGGACCAGGACACCUGGGAGAAAGCCAUCAUGGAGUUCCAGAGCUUUGCCGGGCUGAAUGUUACCGGCGAGCUGGACGGCGAAACGAUGCAGCUCAUGUCGCUGCCCCGGUGUGGAGUGAAGGAUAAGGUUGGCUUCGGGUCCGAUACCCGCUCGAAGCGCUACGCCCUGCAGGGCAGCCGCUGGAAGGUGAAGGAUCUUACCUACCGGAUAUCCAAGUACCCGAGGCGGCUGGAACGGACGGCGGUGGAUAAGGAGAUCGCGAAAGCGUUCGGCGUGUGGAGCGAGUACACGGAUUUGCGCUUUACGCCGAAGAAAACGGGCGCAGUUCAUAUCGACAUUAGGUUCGAGGAGAACGAACACGGUGAUGGCGAUCCGUUUGACGGACCGGGUGGCACUCUGGCCCAUGCGUACUUCCCCGUGUACGGUGGUGAUGCACACUUUGACGACGCCGAACAGUGGACGAUUGAUAAGCCACGCGGGACGAAUCUGUUCCAGGUGGCAGCGCACGAGUUUGGCCACUCGCUGGGUCUGAGUCACUCGGACGUACGAUCGGCUCUGAUGGCACCGUUCUACCGUGGUUAUGAUCCCGUGUUUCGGUUAGAUUCCGACGAUAUUCAGGGCAUUCAAACGCUGUACGGAACGAAGACGAGAAAUCCAGGCGGUGGUGCCGGUGCUACCCCGACCCGAACGCCCCGACCGAAGACACCCACGGAGAUGGACUCGGAGCUGUGCACCUCACCAAAGAUCGACGCCAUAUUCAACACUGCCGACGGUAGCACCUACGCCUUCAAGGGCGAUAAGUACUACAAGCUCACGGAGAACGCCGUCGCCGAGGGCUAUCCGAAGAAAAUCUCCGAUGGUUGGCCAGGACUGCCCGGCAACAUCGAUGCCGCGUUUACGUACAAAAAUGGCAAGACUUACUUCUUCCAGGGCACCAAGUACUGGCGGUACCAGGGCCGCACGAUCGACGGCGACUACCCGAAGGAGAUCAGCGAAGGUUUCACCGGCGUGCCCGACCAUCUCGAUGCCGCGAUGGUGUGGGGCGGCAACGGCAAGAUCUACUUCUACAAGGGCAGCAAAUUCUGGCGGUUCGAUCCGCUGAAGCGGCCACCGGUCAAGUCGACCUACCCGAAGCCCAUCUCGAACUGGGAGGGUGUGCCGAACAGUGUCGAUGCCGCGCUACAGUACACCAACGGGUACACCUACUUCUUCAAGGACGACAAGUACUAUCGGUUUAACGAUAGAACGUUCACGGUUGACCAGUCCGACCCACCGUUCCCGCGCCCGACGGCCCACUGGUGGUACGGCUGCAAGAACACACCGUCGACCUUCAACACGCUAGGUAAUGUACGAUUGCAAAAAUCCGACGAACAUCCCUACGAUAUCGGCGAUUUGGCUCAGGAUGCCGGUAUCGAUGAGCAUCAACCGUUCAGUCGCAACUCUCUGUAAUACUGUAGGGCCGGACGCUGGCUCCCCUUUUUCCUAGCAACUGCAUCCCGCUCUUACUACUAUCCGCUAUCUUCUGUCCUGCUCUUGUUUGCUCUGUUGUGUUUUGUAGCGCCUUUCGUAGAGAGUCUUCCUCGCUAAGCAUGAGGAUGAAUGCCAGCCAGAUGAUGUAUCCGACUGGAACAGCAUCAGUGUGUCUGGUGUGUCCGUGUGCUCUUAACAAGCAGAGAUGUGUUCGAUCAGCAGAUACACACCGCCAACCCGCCUGUUUAUAGUUGUUAACAAGAAGCGCAAAUUAUGAUACCCACAAAACAUACAGUCCAUAGAGCGCGUCCGUUUCAUCCCCCUGCAAAUUGGGGAAUCGGUUUAGAUUCUCCUGCUAGCCGCGGCUUACCAAAUGUGCCAAACUUGUGCGUGCCGGCGUACCGCAAAGAUCGUUUAAAGUCGCAAACAACCGGAAAAGGGAUGUUUCGUUCCUCAAACCAGAGCUAAAAACAGAUCCGAUCGAGAUGUGAUCGCACUUCAGUUGCGUUAGUACCGAUUCGCUUAAUAUUGUUUUGUUUCCUUCUUUCAUUUGCUACGCAUCACGUUUACACCACGCGCCGUGCUAGUUGUGCUUACUUUUCCGUGUAUCAUUUCCUUACAAACACUGUUUUUGCCUAUUUCUACCUACUGCAAUGACUUUACAUACGACCGAUCACGUACACGGCUGUUGCGAGCGCCGCUAUGCACACGCCGUAGUGGAGCACCUUUGCCGUAAAUGUGUGAUCGUCAGUGUCGCAUCUCAUGAACCAACCGAUGUGUGUUAUCUUUUGUUAUCUGUUCUUUUCGUCUGAUUUUUUCUCUCCAUCACCUUUCCCAACACAAACGCCCCUCACUCCCACAACGUAGCAGACACCGACGAUCAGCCGGAUCCGGACGGGUACAGCGGUAAUGGAGCUUCCACGAUCACCAGUGUCAGUAUUACAACAGCCCUCGCGGGUUUCUUGCUGGGAGCGUACCUUGUCAGCCGCUGCUAGUCCCAUGCGUUGAGGUUAGCCGGGAAAAUUGGAGCGAUCGCAAUUGGAAAUAGAAUGGGAGGAAUCAAUUCAAAAAAGUUCGUUGCAACUGCCGCAGCAUAACUCCAAGACAAUCCCUAUCGCGAAACUGCCACCAAGUGUGUGUGUGUGUGUCGGAUGGACUAAACAGAACAAACAAAUGGUCACACACAGAGAGGAGUUUACGAAAAGAAGAAGAAAAAAACAUCAAACACCGAAAUUGAUCUCAACGGGUGAGCAGCAUCAAACGGGCAUGUGUGUACAGCAGGCAGAACAGACAACAGACUGCUUGUCUGGUUGGAUUUCAUCAGUAGCGUACAGCGGGGAAAACCAGCGAAGAGUAGGGUCGUAGUGCCGGUCUUAAGAUUUCCAAUGUGUCCAUCCAGUGAAGAAAUGAACGAGUGAUUAGCAACAAAUUGAAGGUGCUUGAGACAGAUAAAUAGAGAUGUAGAGAGAGAAAGAGAGAGAGAAAGAGAAACAGAGAGAGAGAGGAGAGAGAGAGAGAGAUACAAAAGGCAAGUCACUAGCCAUAGGUCUUUUUUGCUAGCUAAUUGGUGUUAACUAAUGAAACGAAAACUGGUUCAGCGCCAGUAGCCUGGUGACUUUUAAAGUGUACUAGUACCAGAAACGGGAAAAGGCGGAACACGUAUCAAAUUGCAAACAGUAAUACAAAGAAGAAACAAAUCUGUACAUAUCACAACACCCACGGCAGGAACAUAGGACCGCGAUAGGUGGACACAGCAAGGGCUUGCACAUUCCGAUGCAGAUCGAGUACGAUCGUAUUCGAUCGGGUGCGCCAGCGACACUGGACUUCGUCGUCGACUGUCGACUGAGAGCGCGGUAACUAGUUGUAGAGUGCCAGAGACAGAGAGUGCAGGAACCAGGAUAUCAGUAGAAGAGGAAAACAAGCACGACCCUCCCCAGUUUACAGUGUAAUGUUAAUUAACGAUACCAUUUUAUUGUACCAUAUACAUAUAUAUAUAUAUAUUGUUGCCCGUUUUACAAACCUGCAGCCGCAGAGUAAACCAAGCACCAAGCAAGCAACUAGCAACAACAGAAGCAGAAGAAAAACCCUCUCCACCCCUUUUAUCUUUACCCCUUCAAAGCCCGUCUUCGUCGGCAUCGAUCAUAAUCGAUCGCACCAGGCCAGGCCAGAGAGUGGCGGCCCGCGGUAGGGUGUGCCGUGUGUGUUCGGUGACCAUGCUGUACCAGCAUUUUGUAUAUAUUUAUUACUUUAUCGUACCGACGAGCGGACGGCGUUCAGAUAGGAAGGCGAGAAUCAAAUAAAAAAUAAAAAAAUAAAAACACAGUCAUGUUUUAACCAGAA